AUGGUGCACGCCCUGUCUAGUAAUUACGAGGAUUUCGCCGGCGCCUCACGGCCCUUCCGAGCCCACGUAGAACUUGACGACCUCGAGGUCGAGGGUGAAAUCCCUCUGGAGCUUCGCGGUACUUUCUAUCGUGUUUCCCAUGAUCCGUAUUAUGAGCGUGACUAUUACGAGGGCGGCACAAAGACCACACCGUUCGAUGCCGACGGCAAUAUCAGCGCGUUUCGUAUUCAAGACGGAAAAGCCUCGUUCAAGCAGCGAUAUGUCUUGACGGAGCGUUUUCUGGCCGAGCGCAAGGCUGGGAGAGCCAUGUUUGGGGUUAUGAGAACCCCCUUUUCCCACCACCCCUGCGUCAGGUCCUUGGAGGACAAUGUGGCCAACACAAAUGUCAUUGUCCAUGCAGGGAAGCUGCUUGCCUUGGGUGAACUAGGGGCACCGUAUGAGCUUGACCCAACUACCAUGACCACCGUUGGCCACAACCCUUUUCCUGGCCAGCUCCCGAUGAAUGGGCCCUACACAGCGCACCCCAAGAUUGAUCCUGACACGGGUGAUCUCAUCGGCUACGGCUACGGCAUCAAGGGAGCUGAGAGCAAUGAUUGUACUGUGUGGAUUCUUGAUAAGGAUGGAAAGAAGACCCUCGAACGACCAUUCGAAAGGCCCAUCAACGGGUUCGUCCACGACUGUGUGAUUACCAAGAACUACGUUGUGUUGCAGCAGAUGCCCUUCCGUACGAGCUAUGAGCAACUGAAGACCAAGGAUGGUCACCUCUGGACCUACGACGAGGACCUGCCGACGUACUUUUACGUGGUCCCUAAGGACAUGGGCAAACCCGUGCGGACUUUUCACUGGAAGAACUCAAUGCCAAUUCAUACUGGCGCAUCGUGGGAAGAACAGGGAAACAUCAUUUUCGACACAACGAUUGCGUCAAACAACGCGUUCCCCUUUCUACCAAUCAAGAGAAGUUGUACAUCAACUAGUGAACCAAAGCCAGUCACGGUCAACUACGUCAGGUUCACCAUCAGCCCUGAUGCGGCUUCGGAGAAAGUGGAAAACCCAGAGAUUCUGGUCGACCUCCCCUGCGAAUUUCCCCGCAUAGAUGAGCGAUUCUUGACCAAACGAUCCCGCUAUACAUUUUUCGAUUGCUUCGACCCCAAGUCCGUGGCCGACCCAGCUCUCCUUUACCGCGGGCUUAACUGCCUUGGCCGAUUCGACUACGAAACCAAGAAACUGGAGAUCAUGUCGCCAGGACCGGACGUACUGGUCCAAGAGCCUUGUUUCAGCCCACGGUAUCCGGGAGCACCCGAGGGAGACGGGUUCCUGAUCACUAUGAUCGACAAUGUUCCGAAAUUGAGGAACGAAGUGUCCAUACUGUAUCAGCUUGCUCUGACAUUACUCAACAUCACCGCUGAGCUACCAAGGCUUGCCGCGGAAGGGUCGACAUACCGGAAGUAA